AUGGCAUCAGAUCGUAAUGUGAGUCGUAUACAAUUCGGAAUUUUAUCACCAGAUGAAAUUCGACGAAUGUCAGUGACAAAUCCACCGAUUGAAUAUGCAGAUUUAUCUAAAGAAGGAAAAGGAAAAGUUCAAGGUCUUAUGGAUCCACGACAGGGUCCAUCUAAUCUAAAUUCAAAAUGUCUUACUUGCGCUGGUUCUUAUAUGGAAUGUCCAGGACAUUUCGGUCACAUUGAAUUGAUCAAGCCUGUAUAUAAUGUUGCUUUCCUAUCGAAAAUAUUGAAAAUUUUACGUUGUGUUUGUUUUUAUUGUUCGAAACUAUUAGUCAAUCCAAAUGAUCCAAAAAUAAUUGAUAUUAUUAAAAAAACAGAAGGAAAUUAUCGUCGACGUCUUGCUUAUAUUGUUGAUGCAUGUAGAAGACAAGAAAUUUGUCAAGAAAUUAAGAAUGAAAACGAUGUAACAAUUAAAUAUUCAGAUGGUUGUGGAAGAAAACAACCAACUUAUCGUCAAUCAGGUUUAGAAUUGACAAUUGAAUGGAAACAAACAUUAAAUGAAAAUGAAGAAACGAAAUUAAAAUUAUCAGCUGCACAAGUUCUGGAAAUAUUUCGAAAAAUUUCUGAUUCCGUUUGUGAAAUUCUCGGCAUGAAUCCUCAACAAACACGACCUGAUUGGAUGAUUUUAACUGUUUUACCAGUUCCUCCUAUAUGUAUUCGUCCAUCAAUAUUAUCAUUUGACGAUACAACUCAUUGUUAUGAUCAUUUAACAUACAAUUUAGCAAAUAUAAUUAAAGCAAACAUUAUUUUACGUGAAGAUGAACAACGUGAUAACGAUUCACAAAUCAUUGAAACACAUUUACAAGAUCUUCAAUAUCAUUGUGCAACUUUAUUUGAUAAUGAUAUACCUGGAAUAAAACAAUCUUGUCAGAAAAAUGGAAAACCAUUUCAAUCUUUAAAAGAACGAUUGGACGGGAAAGGAGGUCGAAUUCGAGAAAAUUUAACGGGUAAACGAGUUGAUUUUUGUGCAAGAACAGUAAUAACACCAGAUCCAAAUUUAUCAAUUGAUCAAGUUGGUGUACCACGUUCAAUAGCACAAAAUUUAACAGUACCUGAAAUUGUAACACCAUAUAAUAUUAAAUGGUUACAAGAAUUAAUUAAUCAUAAUGCAGCUAAAUAUAUUAUAACGGAUACAAGUGAUAGAAUUGAUUUAAGAUUUCAUCCAAAACCAUCUGAUUUACAUUUAAAAUCUGGUUAUAUUGUUGAAAGAUUUAUGAUCGAUAAUGAUUUAGUUGUACUUAAUCGUCAACCAACAUUACAUAGAAUGUCAAUGAUGGCACAUCGUGUUAAAAUUCUUCCAUGGUCAACAUUUCGUUUAAAUUUAUCUGUAACAACACCAUAUAAUGCUGAUUUUGAUGGUGAUGAAAUGAAUUUACAUUUACCACAAUCAGUUGAAAGUAAAGCUGAAUUAAGUCAAUUAAUGACAGUACCACAUUUAAUAAUAACACCACAAUCGAAUCGUCCUGUUAUGGGUAUUGUACAAGAUACAUUAACAGCUGUUCAAAAAAUGACGCGACGUGAUGUAUUUAUUGAAAAAAAUGAUUUUAUGAAUUUAUUAACAUAUUUACCAACAUGGGAUGGACGUAUACCACAAGCAGCUAUAUUAAAACCAAAACCAUUAUGGACUGGUAAACAAUUAUUUUCAUUAAUUCUUCCACGAGAAGUUAAUUGUGUACGUACACAUAGUCAACAUCAAGAUGAUGAAGAUAAUGGACCAUAUAAAUGGAUAUCACCUGGUGAUACUAAAGUUUUAAUUGAAAAUGGUCGAUUAUUAUCUGGUAUAUUAUGUAAAAAAACUUUAGGUACAUCAACUGGUUCAUUAGCACAUAUUGUUUUUAUGGAAUGUGGUCAUCAUAUUGCUGGACAAUUAUAUUAUCAUAUACAACUUGUUGGGAAUAAUUGGUUAAUGUUAGAAGGACAUUCAUUUGGUAUGGCUGAUACAAUUACUAAUCGAGAAACAUAUGAAACAAUACAAGCAACAAUUAAAAAAGCCAAAAAUGAAGUUAAUAAAGUUAUUGAAAGAGCACAUAAAAAUUCUUUAGAACUAUCACCUGGAAAUUCAUUAAGACAAACAUUUGAAAAUAUAAUUAAUGGUCUUUUAAAUAGUGCACGUGAUCAUACUGGUUCAUUAGCACAAAAAUCAUUAUCAGAUUUUAAUCAAUUUAAAUCAAUGGUUGUUAGUGGUGCUACAGGUUCAUCUAUAAAUAUAUCACAAGUUAUUGCUUGUGUUGGACAACAAAAUAUUGAAGGAAAACGUAUACCAUUUGGUUUUAAACAUCGUACAUUACCACAUUUUAUUAAAGAUGAUUAUGGACCUGAAGCGAAAGGUUUUAUUGAAAAUUCAUUUUUACAAGGUUUCACACCAGUUGAAUUUUUUUUUCAUGCUAUGGGUGGUAGAGAAGGACUUAUUGAUACAGCUUUUAAAACAGUUGAAACAGGUUAUAUACAAGAACGUUUAAUUAAAGCUAUGGAAUCUGUUAUGAUUAAAUAUGAUGGAACUGUUAGAAAUCAAUUUGAACAAUUAAUACAAUUUACAUAUGGUGAAGAUGGUUUAGCUGGUGAAAAUGUUGAAUUUCAAUCAAUUAUAUCAUUAAAAUCAUCAAAUCAAUUAUUUGAACAUUUAUGUAAAUUUGAUUUAUCAACUGAAGAAAAAUAUUUAAAAAAAUUUUUAACUGAUGAUGUUAUUAGAGAUUUAUAUACAAAUGAAUCAUUAGAAUUAUUAAAUGAUGAAUGGAAACAAUUAAAUGAAGAUAGAUUUAAUUUAAGACAAAUAUAUCCAACUGGUGAUACAUCGAAAAUUGUUUUACCUUGUAAUUUAGAAAGAUUAAUUUAUAAUGCUAAAAAAAAAUUUUCUAUUUCAAAUCAGACAAAAUCAAAUUUAUCACCUAGUCAAAUUAUACAAAAUUUACAAAAAUUAACACAACGUCUUAUUAUUGUUAAAGGUGAUGAUAGAUUAUCUAAAGAAGCACAAUAUAAUGCAACUAUGUUAAUGAAUAUAUUAUUACGUUCAUCAUUAUCAUCACGUCAAGUUCUUGAAAUUCAUCAUUUAACAAAUGAAGCAUUUAAUUGGCUUUGUAGUGGAAUAGAAACACGUUUUCAACAAGCACAAGUUCAACCAGGUGAAAUGGUUGGUGCUUUAGCUGCACAAUCACUUGGAGAACCAAUAACACAAAUGACAUUAAAUACAUUUCAUUAUGCUGGUGUAUCAGAAAUAAAACAAUUCCGAAGAAGUUCAAAAAAUCGGCCUUAUCCGCCCUCCUCCUUUGAUUUAUCAUCUGAAGAAAAAUAUUUAAGAAAAUUUUUAACUGAUGAUGUUAUUAGAGAUUUAUAUACAAAUGAAUCAUUACAAUUAUUAGAUGAUGAAUGGAAACAAUUAAAUGAAGAUAGAUGUAAUUUAAGACAAAUAUUUCCAACUGGUGAUACAUCAAAAAUUGUUUUACCUUGUAAUUUAGAAAUAUUAAUUUAUAAUGCUAAAAAAAUUUUUUCUAUUUCAAAUCAAACACAAUCUAAUUUAUCACCUAAACAAGUUAUUCAAGGUUUACAAAAUUUAACUAAACAUUUAAUUAGUGUUAAAGGUGAUAAUAGAUUAUCUAAAGAAGCACAAUAUAAUGAAACAAUGUUAAUGAAUAUAUUAUUACGUUCAUCAUUAUCGUCACGUCAAGUUCUUGAAAUUCAUCGUUUAACAAAUGAAGCAUUUAAUUGGCUUUGUGGUGAAAUUGAAACACGUUUUCAACAAACUCAAGUUCAAGCAGGUGAAAUGGUUGCUAAAAAUGUAACACUUGGUAUUCCACGUCUUAAAGAAAUAAUAAAUCUAUCAAAAAAACCUAAAACUCCAUCAUUAACUGUUUAUUUAACUGGACAAGCAAGAAAUGAUGCUGAACAAUGUAAACAAGUCUUAUGUCGUCUUGAACAUUGUACAUUAAGAAAAGUAACAACUAAUACAGCUAUUUAUUAUGAUCCUGAUCCACAAGAAACAGUUAUUAAUGAAGAUCAAGAAUGGAUUAAUACAUAUUAUGAAAUGCCUGAUCAAGAUAUAAAAAAUAUUUCACAAUGGUUAUUAAGAAUUGAAUUAGAUAGAAAAUGUAUGACUGAUAGAGAAUUAACUACGGAACAAAUUUCUGAAAAAAUUUAUCAAGGUUUUGGUGAUUGUCUUAAUGUUAUAUUUAAUGAUGACAAUGCUGAAAAACUUGUUUUAAGAAUACGUACUACUGAUCAAAUUAAUUUAUCAACAGAAGAAGAACAAAACGAUAUAACACAUAUGGAUGAUAAUACUUUUCUUCAAUGUUUACAAUCUGUAAUGCUUUCUGAUUUAACUUUACAAGGGAUUGAAGGUAUAUCAAAAGUUUAUAUGAUUCGUUCAAUAUUUGAUGAUACACAAAAGAGAAUUCAAAUUAAUCAUAAUGGAGAAAUUGAAAAAAUUGCUGAAUGGAUAUUAAAAACUGAUGGAGCAGCUUUAAAAAGAAGGUACCAAGUAGACAAUGAUAGAUUUACUAUAAUACAAAUGAUUCGUAGAAGAUUAGAUCCUUCAUUAAUUUAUCCGAAAAAUUUUGCUCGGGAACAUAUUGUUCGAAAAAAUUCGUUUUAA